UCUUAUGCGUCAUUUUUAGAGCUCGUGCUGAGUUUUUUCGUAUCCACUUUUCUUCGAACGACUUUACGACUAGCUGCGUUAAAUUACGACUAAAGCAUUAAAUUCUCCGCGUUAAACUUUUUGCGCACAGGAAGGAUGAACAUAUCUCUGUGUGCGUUUCACAUGCGUGCAACACUUUUUUUGUAUGCACAUAGAAAAGUGGUGCGACUGGUCGAUAUUGGAUAACGAGAAGUCGCAUAAAAUAUAGUCCGCAUAUAUUAGCGACACCUUACGUAUAUGUUCAUGCGCGCGAACAUGAAACUCAGAUCACUCGAGAAUCGUUUCUCACCUUCCAGGACCUUCCGGAGCUUCAAAUCCACAAUGAUUCGUACUUCUCAUCAAUUUGUCCUCGCCGUUGUCAUAACAUAUGCGACUGCAGUUGGUGGAGUAGACAUUGUGGGAGAUCUCAAGAAUAUCUCCCUACGCUUUUACUUCGGGACUACAAUGAAUGAGUACACUGAUUACUCACUGGACAACGUCAAUGCUCUGCAAACCAAACUAAUUAAUGACAGACGAACGGUGCUGUACAUUCAUGGUUUCACGGAGAAUUUGGAGAAAAAAAGUGUACACACGAUAGUGCAAGCUUAUCUAAAGCGAAACGAUCACAACAUUAUCGCGGUAAAUUACGCUAAAUUAGCGAACGAAUCAUACCCAACAGUAGUGAAGAAUGUUGCUAAUGUUGGAGCCGUUCUUGCAUUAGCUCUUGAUAGUAUGGUACAGGCAGGCUUCAAUUCAAAUAAAUUACAUAUUGUCGGACACUCCAUGGGCAGCCAAGUCGCUGGCCAUAUCGGUAGAAAGGUCAGCUUUCAGGUCCCCAGAAUCACAGGUCUGGAUCCCGCCGGGCCUCUCUUCAAUGUCUUCGAAGAACGUCUGUCGUUGUUUGACGCACAUUUCGUGGAUAUUAUACAUACGGACUAUGGAUUUUACGGCAUCAGCAGGAACACAGGCACGCUGGAUUUCUUCCCGAAUGGCGGUCGCCGUCUACAACCCGGCUGCCCGCAAAAGUUCACGUUCUUCAGCAAAGAAGAGUUUUGCAGUCAUCAUCGUUCCUGGGAAUUUUAUGCCGAGUCCUUGAUCAACGAAUCCUCUUUUUUGGGCGUGCAGUGUCCUUCGUGGUCUGACUUCUUGUCCGGCGAAUGUAACAAUUACACCCGAGUCACCAUGGGUUAUGGCGCUUCGAACAAUACAAAUGGAAGCGUUUAUUUGAUAACGGCCGCGCACAGUCCUUUCGGGCUGCGAAAAAAAGGAACUCAAGUUAUCUCCGUAUAGUGCGACGACCGACGACUGCAUCGCAUUUGAAAAGAAUACAACGUAAGAUCUAACGACAGGCGAACCUUACCAGUAUAAAAGAAAUUAUCAGUACAUUGACCUCUCAAUGUCUCAUACAUUCUGCCACGCUACAUCAUCGUAUAUUAAUGAACCAACGGGACUAAUGUUUUAGUUCAUUUAUCAUAAUAGGCGGAUAAUUGUCAUUAUAUUACUCCGUACAUCGAGUCGUACCUCAUGCGACAGCAUUAUUCCCAGGAAUUCGAUUUUCUUAAAGACAUCAUCCUAUUACCGAUCGGAUGCCGUUAUCACAAUUCUAUAUUUAUUUAUCUCUGCCGUAUUCUUGUGAUUCGAAUAUCAAUUUGUCGGACGUGACGGAUUGUCGACGGUUAAUCAAUAAUCUAAUAUUUAUCGAACUGGUAAUCAAAAGGUAAUCAAAAGGUAAUCAAAAGGUAAUAAAUUAAAAUGUAUCUCAGCGUUCGAAAUCUUCUUAGUUUGAUAAAGGUUUGGUUGAUAAAGGUGAAAUUUUAAACGAGAAUUAUUACGAGAAUACUAAAAUUUGUUAUACGAACGUUUUGUUUAAAAUAUUGUAUAUUGAGACAAAAUCCUAAAGUUACAUUUCAAAUAAAAUCAUUUUGAAUAAAGUA